AUGAGGUCCCGGGUCCUGCUUGCUGCCCUCCUCUGGCUCCGGGGUGUUCUGGCUGAGGAAGACCCGUGCCACUCCCAGGAGGGGAGCCCAGCCCGGGAGAGCGGAGGCCCACCCCCCAAAGUGAACGUCAGCAGCCGGGGGAGUCCCACAAGCCUCUUUCUGAGCUGGGCAGCCCCGGAGCCAGGUGGGGUCCACCACGCCCUCCGCCUCGCGCGUCUGAGCCCCCUCGGCUCUCCCGAAGGGCAGCAGCUCCAGGCCCUCACCAACGCAUCCAGCUUCGAGUUCCAGGGCCUGGUGCCAGGGAGUCGCUACCAGUUGGAAGUGACUGCCCUGCGACCCUGCGGGCAGAAUGUCACCGUCACCCUCACUGCCUGCACCGUCCCAUCACCUGUCCACGGGCUGCAGCUGCACAACCCCGGGAGCCCAUCCAGCCUGGAGGCCUCGUGGAGUGAAGCCCCCGGGGAGCAGGAUGGCUACCAACUCCUCCUCUACCACCGGGAAUCCAAGACACUGGCACGUAAUGCCUCCACGCCUCCGGACACCCUGUCCUACAAUUUCGGCAACCUCUUGCCAGGUAGUGAGUAUGUUUUGGAAGUCAUCACCUGGGCUGACAGCCUCCAAACCAAGACCAGUCUCCACCAGUGGACAGCUCCCAUGUCUCCGGAUCACCUGGCGCUGCACGCCCUGGGCACCAGUGCCCUACGAGCAUCCUGGAAUGGCUCUGAGGGGGCUGCCUGGCUCCAACUCGUGCUCACAGACCUCCUAGGUGGCACCAACCUGACUGCCGUCGUCGGACGGGGGGUCUCCAAUCACACCUUCCUUCACCUGUCUCCAGGCACCCGCUAUGAGCUGACACUUAGUGCUAUUGCUGGGCCCCAUCAGGCGGCAGGCCCCAGUGCCACCGCGUGGACCUAUCCCUCUGCCCCCCUCGACCUGGUGUUGACUCCCCUACCCCCCAGGCUCUGGGUGAGCUGGAAGGUAGGGCCGGGUGCCCGGGAUGGCUUCCUGCUGCGGCUCAGUGGGCCGGUGGAGGAGAACACCACUUUGGGCGCCGAGGCCCUCAAUGCCACGUUCCCAGGGCCCCUGCCCGCUGGGCACUACACUCUGGAGCUGAGGGUCCUGGCUGGGCCCUAUGAUGCCUGGGCCCAGGCCUGCACCUGGCUGGACGGUCCUGCAGCCCCACCUAGAUCAUGCAAUGGCACCAAGCUGCAGCUGGAUGGUCUGGAGGCCACCAGGGAGCCUGGGAGACGGGCACUGCUCUGUGCUGAGGGUGCCCCAGGCCUCCUUGGAAACAUCUCCGUGCCACCUGGUGCCACACAUAUCACCUUUUGUGGGCUGGUGCCCGGGGCCCGCUACCAGGUGGAUAUCACUUCCUCUUUAGGAGUCAUCACCCAGAGCCUCACAGGCUACACACGUCCUCUGGCACCACAGUCACUGGAGGUCACCAGCAGGGGCAGCCCCUCUGACCUGUCCAUGGGCUGGGCCCCAGCACCAGGGCAGCGGGAAGGCUACAGGGUCAUGUGGCACCCAGAGGGCAGCCAGAGGUCACCGGGCAGUCUCGUUGACUUGGGCCCGGACAAUUCCAGCCUGACUCUGAGGGAUCUGGUGCCCGGCACCUGCUACACCGUGUCCGUGUGGGCCUGGGCGGGCAACCUCAGCUCCACCAUCCAGGGGACCCGCUCCUGCACCCCCCCUGCUCCUCCUGCCAACUUGAGCCUGGGCUUUGUCACCCAGCCUCCUGCCCUGAGGGCUUCCUGGAGCCCCCCACCAGGGGGCAGGGAUGGCUUCCAGCUGCGGCUUUACUGCCUGAGGCCCCUGACUCUGGAAAGCGAGGAGACUCUGGCUCCGGAGGCCCAGAACUUCUCCUGGGCCCAGCUGUCCCCGGGCAGCGAGUUCCUGGUGCAGCUGGCCACCCUGCGGGGGCCGGAUCAGAGCAGCAGCGCCAACGCCACGGGCUGGACAGGGGGCUUCGUGUCCCUUGCGCUCUUUGUGGUCUGUGGGCAGGCCCUCUCGCUGCUCCCCCUGGUAAACGUGACCAGCGAAGGUCCCACCCAGCUCCGGGCAUCCUGGGUCCACGCCCCUGGGGGCCGGGACGGCUACCAGGUGAACCUGUACCAGGCGGGUGCCCGGGCGGGCACCAGCGCCGCCGGAGCCGAGGUGGACAGCACGAGCUUUUCGGCCCUGACGCCGGGCACCGAGUACGAGGUGGAGGUUGUCUCGCGGGCUGGGCCCCUUCGCGCGGCAGCGGCCAACACCUCUGGCUGGACCUCCCCCCUCACGCCCAGCGAGCUGCUGGUAUCGACGCACGCGGGCACGGCCGUGGUCAGCCUGGCCUGGGCCAGCGGCCCCCGGGGGCAGGGGACGUGCCACGCCCAACUCUCCGAGGCCGGGCAUCUCUCCUGGCAGCAGCCCCUGGUGCUAGGCCAAGCCCGCCUCGUCCUGCGGGGCCUCACGCCUGGACGCAACCUCUCCGUGUCAGUGCUGUGCCAGGCGGGGCCGCUGCGGGCAGCCACUCGCGCCGUGGUGCUGCCUGUUGAGCCGGGCCCCGUGGAGGAUGUGCAGUGCCAGCCUGAGGCCGCCCGCCUGGCCCUGAACUGGACGCUGCCCACCGGGGACGUGGGUGCCUGUCUGGUGGUGGCAGAGCGGCUGGUAACGGGAGGGAAGGCUCACUUCGUGUUCCAGGCCAACAUCUCCAGCGCCGCGCUCCUGUUGCCCGACCUGGCGCCGGCCACUCCCUACCGCCUCAGCCUCACCGUGCUGGGCAGGAACGGCCUGUGGAGCCGGGCGGUCACCCUGGUGUGCACCACUUCCGCUGAGGCCUGGCACCCGCCAGAGUUAGCCCCGGCCCCCCAGCUGGAGCCUGGGACGGAGGUGGGAGUGAGGAUCGUGCCGGGCAUGUUUGGCAAGGACGAUGGACAGAUCCAGUGGUACGGGGUCAUUGCCACCACCAACAUGUCAUUGGCUUGGCCUUCCCAGAAAGCCAUCAACCACACGUGGUAGGACCACUACUACAGGGGACACGACUCCUACCUGGCCAUCCUGCUCCCCAACCCCUUCUACCCAGGGCCCUGGGCUGUGCCGAGAUCUUGGACUGUGCCCGUGGGUACAGAGGACUGUGGCCACACCCGGGAGUUAUGCAAUGGGCAGCUCAAGCCAGGCUCCCAGUAUAGGUUCAGUGUUGCGGCCUUCACCAGGUACAGCCCCCCAGGGACCGUCAUCUCGUUCUCAGCCUUCUCAGAGCCCCGGGCCAACAUCUCCCCGGCAGCAAUGCCCCUGCCAGUGGUGGUGGGUGUCGCGGUGGGCUGUGUCCUUGUCACCUGUGCCGUGCUGGGCCUGCUGUGCUGGAGGCGGGUGAAGGGGCAGAGGGCGGAGAAGAAUCAGUUUUCCCAAGAACAGACGGCUUACAACCUGCGGCGAACCCACAGGCCCAUCCCUAUCCACAGCUUCCGGCAGAGCUAUGAGGCCAAGAGUGCCCAUGCUCACCAAGCUUUCUUUCUGGAGUUCGAGGAGCUGAAGGAGGUGGGCAAGGAGCAGCCUAGCCUGGAAGCCGAGCACCCUGCCAACACUACCAAGAACCGUUACCCGCAUGUGCUGCCCUAUGACCACUCCAGGGUCAGGCUGACCCAGCGGGAGGGAGAGCCCCACUCUGACUACAUCAAUGCGAACUUCAUCCCAGGCUACACCCACCCGCAGGAAUUCAUUGCCACUCAGGGGCCUCUCAAGAAAACGCUGGAGGACUUCUGGCGGCUGGUGUGGGAGCAGCAGGUCCACGUCAUCGUCAUGCUGACCGUGGGCAUGGAGAACGGGAGGGUGCUGUGUGAGCAUUACUGGCCAGCGAGCUCCAUCCCCGUCACCCACGGCCACAUCACUAUCCACCUCCUGGCCGAGGAGCCCGAGGCUGAGUGGACCAAGUGGGAAUUCCAGCUGCAGCAUGUUGCCCAGCAACAGCAGCGGAGGGUGAAGCAGCUGCAGUUCACCACCUGGCCGGACCACAGCGUCCCCGAGGCCCCCAGCUCCCUGCUCGCCUUUGCGCAACUGGUACGGGAGCAGGCGAGGGCCACCCUGGGCGCUGGACCAGUCCUGGUGCACUGCAGCGCGGGCGUGGGCCGCACGGGCACUUUCGUGGCCCUCUCGAGGCUGCUGCGGCAGUUGGAGGAAGAGCAGACGGUAGAUGUGUUCCACGCCGCGUACGCGCUCCGGCUGCACCGGCCUCUCAUGAUCCAGACCCCGAGCCAGUACAUCUUCCUGCACAGCUGCCUCCUGAGCAAGAUUCUGGGAGAGCCCUCUGACGUCUCUGAGUCCCGGCCCAUCCCUGUGAUGAACUUUGCGGAGGCGCGCGCCAGGAGGGCAGCCAAUGCCAACGCUGGCUUCUUGAAGGAGUACGAGCUCCUGCUGCAGGCCAUCAAGGACGAGGCUGGCUCCUCGACGCCCCCUCCUGGCCAUGAGCAGGACCGCACGGGCUCCUGUGAUUCUCAAGUGCAGUUCUCUCCAGUGAAGGACAGCCCCCCUGACGACAUGCCAGAAGCCUGGCUCUUCCCUGGCGGGCCUUCUGGCCGUGAUCACGUGGUGUUGACUGGCCCCGCAGGGCCAGAGGAGCUCUGGGAGCUGGUGUGGCAGCAUGGGGCUCAUGUGCUGGUCUCCCUGUGCCCACCCGAUGCCCUGGAGAAGCUGCAGGAGCUGUGGCCAACAGAGAUACAGCCCGUUGUCACAGACACAGUGACAGUGCACUGGAUGGCUGAGACCAAUACAGCAGGCUGGCCCUGUACACUCUUCCGGGUCACACAUGGGGAGAGCAGGAAGGAGAGGCAGGUGCAGCGACUGCAGUUUCCAUACUGGGAGCCUGGGCAUGAGCUACCCACCACCACCCUGCCGGCCUUCCUGGCUGCUGUGGGCCAGUGCUGCUCCCGGGGCAGGAACAAGAAGCCGGGCACACUGCUCAGCCACUCCAGCAAGGGCGCAGCCCAGCUGGGCACCUUCCUGGCCAUGGAGCAGCUGCUGCAGCAGGCAGGCGCUGAGUGCACUGUGGACGUCUUUGACGUGGCCCUGCAGCAGUCACAGGCCUGUGGCCUCACGACCCCAACGUUGGAGCAGUAUAUCUACCUCUACGACUGUCUGAGCAGCGCCCUGGUGGACGGGCUGCCCUGA